AUGCACAAAUGUUAUCAAUUUGAAAAGAGCUAACUCGGACCUGUUCUAAUGAAGUAAUUGUUACUUUUUUUCUUAUAUCAUUUCAACCCUUUUCUCUUCCUUUUAAAGCUCUAUUCUUGGUUACAAUAAUCGCAAUAAUAUUCCUUAAGGAUGGUUGGUUAGGCCUGAAAGAUGAGUUGAUGAACGAAUCAAGAUGUUACCUGAUGUUAACUGAAACAAUGUGAACAACAGUAGCCCAAAGUAAACUUAAUUUUGAUUGAAAUAACUGUUUUGAUGAACAAGGAUACUCUGGAUGGUUAACAGGGAAUAGAAAAGAGUAAACUCUAACCUGUGGCAAGCUAUAAGAUGAAAGCAACUAAACAAGAAGGUAAAAGAUUACAGAUGAACCUGAAAGUCCUGUGAAUUUAAAUUCAUUCUGGUAAAUCUUCUGAUGAACACAAUAUUUAAACAAAUUUUCCCGGUUAAAAUGGUCUCCAAACCAAAGAUUUAACCGAAGAGAACCUGUAAAAGAUGAUAAUCAGUUGAUACCAAGAACCAUUUACCAUGGAAAAUAUGAUGACAGGAUAAAGAAGAGGUGAAGAUGGUUUAAAGAAGACAACAAAUUAUCAUUGAGAAGGCGGAGAAGAGCAAUUGUGUAUGAAGAUAAAUUGAAUAGGCAGCUAAAUGAUGAGGAUGAUUAUUGAAUGAAUCAACCCUGGAAGUCUAUUUAAUCUUGAAAUAAGUUUCUGCCUCCAAGUUAACAAUCUAACCAAUCCCAGAUUUGUUUGUGAACAUAAAAAUGGUCUUCUUAUGCGAUUGUUUGUAACAUUUCGCCGAGUUGAAUACAUGCGCAGCCUUUAUUGAAACACACACACAUACAUUAUAAUAACAAGAGUGAAGAUGAUUGUGGGUUGGAUGCUUAAAGAUAGUGUUACUCAAUGAUCAGAAAGUAGCAAUGCUUGAUUACUUGUUUCGUAUUUUCAACCGAAUAUAUCAAUAUAUUAUGAAUCCAUGCUCGGGAACUGCUCGUAAACCUAAAUGUGCUCGUUGUCGUAACCAUGGCAUGAUAUCUUGGUUGAAAGGUCACAAGAGACAUUGUCGUUUUAAAGAUUGUAACUGUGCCAAGUGUAAUUUAAUUGCGGAGAGACAAAGAAUCAUGGCUGCUCAGGUUGCAUUGAAACGUCAACAAGCUGCUGAAGAUGCAAUUGCGAUUGGAUUAAGAGCUGUAGCCACUGGAGGUCCAGUUGAAGGAUACCUUCCACCGGGACCAAUUUUCGGAAUGUCAGUCACUGAACCUCGAGUUGUUCACGAUGAAAUGAUGAAAGAAACUGAAAGUGAUUCAGACGCCAGUCAAGCUUGUCAAAAUUCAAGUCCCUUCGAUCAUGAUCAUGAUCAUUCAAUGAAGGAUUCUAAUCAAUCAGACCAAACUAAUGGUAAACAAUCGAUCACAACUCAAGAUUAUUUCGACGAUUCCAAAUCUGAAUUGAUUCGCAUGGACUUAUCUGGCGAUGAAGCAAAUGAAAAUAUUAUGAUUAAUGUUACAAAAACAACUGGACUGACCACAAUAACACCUACUUCAGUAACGGCCACUUCUUUACCUCCAACCUCAUCGACACUUCCAACAGUCUCAUUAUCAUCCUCAUCAUCUCCACCAUUCCUCAUUGGUACACCAAUAACCUUUCGUGAAGUAAAUGUUAAACAAGGUAAACGUCCAACACUGACAACUCCAGCCACAACCUUAACCAUGUCUACCAUGUCUUCUGGAUCAUGUUCAUCUUCCUCAUCAACUUCAUCCACUUCCUCACUCUCUUCCAUUGAUCCAGGCAAAGAUGUCGACUAUCUUAACCAACUGACUCAAAACUGUCCCAGCGAUUUUCGUCCAGGUCGGUUAACUGGAAUUGAAAUGUUGAGUCGAGUUUUUCCAACCCAAAAGCGAACCAUUUUGGAAUUGGUUUUACAAGGUUGUAAUGGUGAUGUUAUCAAAGCAAUUGAACAAUUUUUAUCCCUCAACGAUUCAAUACUGGCUCAUGCAGGAAGCCGAUCAGCUCAACUCUUGCCCUUUGAUGCCAACAACCGUCGAGCAGCUGCAGCAGCAGCAGCAGCAGCGGCUGCCGCAAUGAUUACUGGCAAUGGUUCAAGAGAUGGAGAUGCUCGUGAAAUGAGUUUGUCAAGUUCAACCAAUAGUACUUCCUUGUUACCCGGACAUGCAAUUAAAUCGGCAUUCACACCAAUCCACUCGAGUCUCAACUUUAUCCAUCCGAGUGGUUACCUUGGUUCAUCUGGAAAUGCCGUUAAUCUUGAAUCUGGCAAUGGAACUGGUUCCAUGUUAAGUAGUGGUGCACUUUGUCCCGGUCGGCCUAGUCCUUUUGGAUCAACUCUUAUAAGUAGCAUUUACAGCAGAGACUUUACUUGUCAACCUGUGAUUGCCUCUGGAACCACUAAUCAGUCCAAUGGGUCAACAAUUUCAACCAAUUCUCACAGUUAUCCCAAUUCAACUGCAGUUCAAUUCCUUCUUGGUUCCAAUCAUCCAUUUGCUGUUCCUUCAGUUCCAUCAUUAGUUUCCCCUUGUCCACCUGGAUGUACUCAAUGUCCACCAACCUCGGCUGCAGCGGUUGCUGCUGCAGCAGCUUCGCUUCUCCGUCGACCUGCAAGUCCCAAUCGACCUUUCAAAGACUCACUAGGAUCUCGUCUUGUUGACAUUUCAUCUAAAACGGCUGUUGACCUUUCAUCAAUGGAAAGUAAUGGAUGGCGUUCAAGUCCGCCAUCCACUAGUUUAAGGGAAGGUAAAUGUUCAAAUUCAUAAAGAUAAACAAAUAAGUUUGUAUUGCUUAAUAUAAUUUCAAGUUGAUUUAACGACAAAAUCAGUUUAACUUUGAAACUGUAGUUAACUAUUAAUAUUUAUCCUGAAAGAUCAUUUAUAUAUCAAACUCUUUACCUUUUCCCUCUUCAUUUUAACCAGUAAAAUCAUUGACAAGAAAAUGUAGAGCUUGAUCAACAAACAAUUAGUAAUGGUAACUUGAUAAUUGUGAGAUCAAUGGUGUUUUCAAACAGUUCAAACUGUUCACCGAUUGAUACCAAGCAUUUUUCAAUUCUGUAUUUAUUGACAACUGUAAAUCAAAACCACAAAACAUCAAAAUUAUCAUUCUCUUAUUAUAAUCAUAAAACAAUUGCCAUUAAUUAUUUAUUAGAGCAAUACAAGCUUGCAAUAUAAGAAACAAAUAAAUUAAAAUGU